CUUCAUCAUCAAUAAGGGUUUCUAACUCUCCACCCUCUGAAUCUCCUAGCACCGGAUACCACCUAGAAAAGCACAGAAGCGCCCGGCCUCAGCUACACCAAUGGGCCAAGUGGAGUUUGAGCUGGCUUGCGCUGCUGUCAAAGAGCUGAAAGGUCCUGUGAGUGAUCAAGAGAAACUGUUGGUGUACAGCUUCUACAAACAGGCCACCCAGGGCGACUGCAACAUCCCUGCCCCACCCGCUACAGAUGUGAAAGCAAAAGCCAAAUGGGAGGCGUGGAACGAGAACAAAGGGAUGACCAAGUUGGACGCCAUGAGGAUCUAUAUUUCCAAAGUGGAAGAGUUAAAGAAAAAGGAGGCUGGUUAGGGAGGACAGACUGGCGGACAGAAGGAAGUAGCAUGACCCCUCUGGUAGGCAAAGGGCUUCUUAGGACCUGGAAAGACCUUGAUGGCUGAAAUGUCCUGAAGUGGUACCAAUUUGACAUCAAUAAAUCACUUAAACUGCACAAGAGUG